CCAAACCAGCCUAUCUCUGCACUGUUCUUCUUCAAACAUAUCAGCCUGAUCUGAACUUACUUAGGGAGCUUCUGAGUGCCUGACCACUUUACUGCCUGGACAUAUGGCUCUGUCCUUCUUGCAAGUGUUCAGCUACAUUCUCCUCUUUAAUAUUUAAUUUACAGAAGGGAUUUUAUCACUUCAACAACACUUCUGAAAUCCUAAAAUCUGUGCUGGUUUCUACACGUUUUUUCAAGGUUGUGAUCCUAACGCUGCAGGUGCUGACCUGACAUCAUGGGGAUAAAGGCGGAACUCCCUCAUUAUGAGCUGGGCUUCUAUGCUCUUGUUGUGAGCGGUGCUUUGGUCUACUCCUUAAGUGGAAUUUUUGAAGCAUCCAUAGAAAGCAUGGAUCGAAAGUCAUUUAAAGAAAGUAUAAAGGAGGGCUGGUAUUACGUUGGUAGGAAAAUGGAUGUCAGUGACUUUGAAUGGGUGAUGUGGUUUACCACGUUUAGGAACUAUAUCAUAUUUGCCCUGUCGGGACAUGUCAUCUUUGCCAAGAUAUUUUCAAUGCUGGUUCCUCAGUACAGGUCACUGGUUUACAUGCUCUAUGGGAUACUAACUGUGCUGGCAAUCAUGGGAAGCAACUACCUAAUGCUGAUCCUGUCUCACUGCUUACUGCUCUACACAGUGUCGCUGGUCAAGCAGAGGUGGCUGUGCCUUGCUGCAGGCCUGUGUAGUCUGGCGAGCUUCAAACUUGAACCAUUCAUCUCCUGGCAAAGUGGAUAUGUUACAGGAACAUUUACUCUUCAAGAUGUCCUCUUCUAUGGAGGCAGUGGAUUUACAAUCUUCCGCUGCAUGAGCUUCGCCUUAGAGACCUGUGAAAGGAAAGAAGGUUUCUAUUCUCCUUUGGAGCUUCUCAAAUACAACUUCUACGUCCCAUUCUUUUUCUUUGGCCCAAUCAUGACUUUUGACAAAUUCUAUCAGCAGGUUAACACCAGUUCUGUUACUCGAAAGGAGAAUGAGAUGUGGAACAUUCGGCUCCAUGCUGUUGUUCAUCUAAUGGUGAUUCUCUUGGUAGAUGUUUUCUUCCACUACAUGUACAUUUUGACUAUUCCAUCAGACUUGAAGUUUGUGAGCCGUCUGUCAGACUGGUCUGUGGCGGCUUUAGCUUAUAUUAAUCUGGUGUAUGACUGGGUAAAAGCAGCUGUGAUGUUUGGUGUCAUAAACACUGUUGCCCGACUGGAUCAUCUGGACCCCCCACAACCACCUAAGUGUAUCACAAUGCUCUACGUCUUUGCAGAAACGCAUUUUGACAGAGGGAUCAAUGACUGGCUGUGCAAGUAUGUCUAUGACUACAUAGGAGAAAACCAUGAUAACAUUAAGAAGGAAUUAAUAGCUACUGUGGCGACAUUUGCUGUAACUACCUUAUGGCUUGGUCCAUGUGACAUUGUUUAUGUAUGGUCUGUGUUCAAUUGCUUUGGACUUAAUUUUGAACUCUGGGUACAAAAAUUAUUCGAACGGGAAUCAUUUGCAAAAAUGGAGGCGAAGAUGUCUGAAUCUAUGUCCAGAAGAAUAAGAGGGAUUUUUGGAGCAGCCAAUUUCUGGGCUAUUAUUCUGUAUAAUAUAUUGUCUCUUAACAGUCUGCCCUUUGCCAUUGUGGUUACCAACAGGAUGUUACUCAAAGGUUUCCCUAUCAGCACUUUUUCAAUUUGGUUUGUAACCUACUGUGGAGUACAAUUGAUCAAAGAGAGAGAAAGACUGUUUGCCAUAGAGGAGGAGAAGGCUGAAAAGAAAAAGGUGGCCUAGCCAAGAUGUCUUCUAAAAUAACCAAAGAAAACACCUUCAAUCAAUACUCUGUACUGAAUUCUGGAGCGUUGUUAGAAAUUAAACCAAUGUAAAAUAAUAAAAAAAAAAAUCUAUGCAAAAGAAUUUAGAUUUGAUAAAUAUUUUCUAUAAUGACUUUGUAGGACUGAUUGAAAUAGAUGGCUGUCAAACCCAAUAGCAUUAGCAUCACAUUAUUACUGUAUUACUGAUGGGAACAAACACUACCAUACAGAGUAAUUAUAAUUUACUUAAAGGGAUAUGCAACUCAAAACAUUUUUACACUGCAUUUAAAAAUCGAUCCAAGUAAUAAAAAUUGCCAAAUAUUUACUAUUA